UCCCCCCAGUCGCGGGGGCCCGGGGAUAUGGGGUGCACCUGGGGGGUCCCCAAAAAUGUGGAGGUGCCCAGGGAAGAAGGGUGGCCCAGGCAGAUGUAGGUGUACCUCAGACUAUGGGGGUCUGCACAAGAAUGGCGUGCUCCAGGGAUAUGGGGGUGCCCACAGGAAAAAGGGGUGUCCUGCAGGCUGGGUGAUCCCAGGGUUAUGCGUCCCUAAAAGUGUGGGGGCACCCAGGGAACAGGGGUGACCCAGCGUGAUGGGAUUAUGCCCCAAAGGGAUGGGGGUCCCCAAAAGCGCAGGAGUUCGCCAGGGAACGGGGAUGCCCUAGGGGGACUGGGAGGUUGUCCUGGAGCUUGGGGGUGUGUGCCCAAAAUUUUGGGGGUGCCCCAGAAGAGCAUGGGGACAUCCCCAGGAAUAAGAGUGUUCUUGGAGCUGUGGUGAUGUCCCAGGGGUAUGACGGUGCCCUACAACUGUAUGGGUGCCCCCAGGGAACAGAGGUGCCCCAAAAGUGUGGGGUACCCCUAAAACCAACAGGAACCUGAAAGCUGUGGGGAUGGGGUUGCUCCAAGGGUUUGGGGUGUCCCAGAGGUAUGGGGUGCCCGGAGGGUGCCCAGGGGUGUGGGCUUCCCCCAAAGGCAAUACUCCCAAACUCAGGGGAGUAGGGGUGCCCCAGGGUUAUGGGGGUGCCAGGGGAUGGGGAGUCUCCCCCAAGUCUGCAAGACUGGCAUGGUGGUCAUGGCUAUGCAUGGUGGCACAGCUCAGCUCAGCGUAGCGUGGCACAGCCAGUGUGGGAGGGAUACAAGGCUCUGCCCUGGGGGGUCCUGCACAGCAUCCCCCAACAGGGGCAAGCCAGCCCCGCAGUGCCCCUGUGCCCCCCAAACCUUGGCAUCAACCCCCCACUCCAUCAAUGGGGAAACUGGGGCACAGAGCCCUGCCCUGCCUUCGCCCACCGGCCUGCCUGCCAAAGUCCCCAUGGCCCCAGGGGGCCUCUGCUCUCCUGGGGGGGGUCUGCAGCACCCAGGGGGGCUCAAAGGGAAGCCCUGCAUCCACGGGGGGCCAGGAGACAGGGUGAGGACCCCCUGGCUGGAGACCCCCACAGUGACGUGCCGCAGAGGGGGUGAUGCACCCCUGGGUGUGUCCCAGUGUCACCCACUGCCGGGUGGCCUGGGACAUCCUGGGGCGGCAGCGUGGCAGGGCUCUGCUGGCUACCCCCUACCCCGGGAAGACGUCCUGGGGGGGGUCAGGAAAGGGUCCCUUCUGGCUGCCACUUCCCCUUCACGCUGGGAGAAGGUUUUGCAACCUCGCUUCCUCCCUGGGUGGCAUAAAGCGGGCGGUGGAGCGAAGGGGUGCUGGGAGGUGUACCAACAGCGGGCACAGGUGAGGGACCCUCCGGCUGGCCUGGCGGGACCCCUGGGCCUGGUGCUGUCCUGCAUCCAACCAAGCUCUGCAUUGGAGCCCUUUGGGAGUGACGCUUGGAUCCGUCUCGUGUCUGGGUGCUCCCUGGUGAGAACUGGCUUGGGACGGGGAGAAGACCCCGGAGCUGACGGGCCAGUGAGGGCAGCGAGUGGCAAAAUGGAGUCCUUCUCCUUCAACGGGGAUUUCUCCAACUUCUUUUCCAACUACACCUAUGACUACAGCACAGCCAUGCCUGAUACCGCUAUCUCCUCCGCCCCAUGCCGGCCUGACAGCUCCUUCCUCAACAAGUACCUGGUGGUGGUGAUCUACUGCCUUGUCUUCAUCCUCAGUGUUGUGGGGAAUGGGUUGGUGGUGCUGGUGGUGACUUCCAGUCACACCAACCGCUCCGUCACUGAUGUCUACUUGCUUAACCUGGCCGUGGCCGACCUGCUCUUUGCCCUCAGCCUGCCACUCUGGGCCGCCUACAGAGCCCACGAGUGGGUCUUUGGCACGGUGAUGUGCAAAGCUGUCUCCCUGCUGCAGGAGGCCAACUUCUAUAGUGGCAUCCUGCUGCUGGCCUGCAUCAGCGUGGACCGCUACCUGGCCAUCGUCUAUGCCACCCGGGCCGCCACUGAGAAGAGGCACUGGGUGAAGUUUGUCUGCUUGGGCAUCUGGGUCUUCUCUGUGCUGCUCUCCCUGCCCGUGCUGCUCUUCCGUGAGGCUUUCCCCUCACCCAGCAAUGGCACCGUGUGCUAUGAGCGCAUUGGUGGCGAGGACACAGCCAAGUGGCGGGUGGUGCUGCGGAUCCUGCCACAGACCUUUGGCUUCGCCCUGCCCCUCCUGGUCAUGCUCUUCUGCUAUGGCGUCACCAUCCACACCCUCCUACAGACCAAAAAUUCCCAGAAGCAGCGGGCCAUGAAGGUAAUCUUUGCCGUGGUGCUGGUCUUCCUCAUCUGCUGGCUGCCCUACAACAUCACAUUGGUGAGCGACACCCUCAUGAGGACGCGGGCCAUUGCUGAGACCUGCGAGAGGAGGAAUCGCAUUGACACGGCCCUCUCUGUCACGCAGGUCCUGGGCUUUGCCCACAGCUGCAUCAACCCCAUUAUUUAUGCCUUCAUUGGGCAGAAGUUUCGCAACAGCUUCCUCAAGAUCCUGGCACAGCGUGGGCUCAUCAGCAGGGAUGCUGUGGCCCGCUACGGCCGUGCCUCCUACACCUCCACCUCCGGCAACACCUCCACCACCCUCUAAGCCCUGCUGGGACCUGACCCUCACAGCUUCCAGCAGGUCCCAGCACCUCACACAGCCUAGCAUCCUCACCCAGUCCCCUGGGAUGCAGGUGACGAUGCCAUGAGGAUGGGCAGGGCCCCCACUGGAUGCUGAGCCCUGACUGGAAGGGGGCUUGGGCGGUGAGGGGGUAGGACCCCAUUGCCAGGGGAGCGAUGCCAAGCACCGCCCACCCUCCCUGCUCUUUGGGACAGAGCCCGUGACUUUGGGGACCCUGCGACCCUGCUGAGGGGAUGGUGUUCGUGGCCGACAGCCAUCAGGCAAUA